GUGGCCCAGUGGCGUCCAUAGCCUAGCUUUUGUUCCAGACAUGCUUCAUAUCGCCUCGUUGUGUGUUGCUCAUCGACUUCCGCAUGUUAAGGAUUCUCUAAAGCUUAUAACGUAAAGAUUUCACCUGGUAGAUCAAAUUGGUAUUCUGCAACUGGUGCAAGAGCAACCGGUAGUACCUCUCAACUUGGGCGCGUUCCUGUCCUACACAUCAGUGCAUUUCAGACCUGUAUCACCAGUUACCCGCUGGUAAAGAAGAUACCCUCAACUAUUUCCCACUAGAAGUCAAAGCUUACGAUGUCUUCAAAUGCUUUUCGAGAUCUGUUGGUUAUGUCCUGUGCUAUGGGGGUAGCCUCGUUUGGAGUAGGCAUUCUUCCGAUGUCAUUCACGUUAUCAAAGAAUCAUAUGGCGAAACUGUCGACUUUUGGGACAGGUCUUCUCGUCGGAGCUGCACUAGGUGUGAUUAUACCAGAAGGGAUUGAAGUUGCGGUCGCUAAUAACCUUGAUGAAGUACCGACUUCCAUCAUCGCUCUAUCCAUGAUAUUGGGUUUCACUUUCAUGCUGUUCAUAGAGCAAUAUGCUGCUCCACACGCUCGUCCUCUAUCCCAUCAGGGCUCGCCUUCUCGACAACACACUGAAGUACACUUUGAUAUAGAUCUAGAAGAACUAGAACAAGAAGAGGGUUUGGCGCAAUCCACUUCUAGACCCUCGCGCAGUCCUCUCCAUAUCGAAAGUAUACGGCGAGCGUAUCCAUUGUCAAUAGGGCUCGUGGUACAUGGCUUAGUCGAUGGUUACGCGCUGGGAGUAUCGGCACUACAUUCUGAGUCACCUAACCUAUCACUGGUGGUUUUUCUGGCCAUUAUUAUCCACAAAGCACCGACCGCGCUUGCUCUGACCACAUCACUACUUGCCUUGUCGCUGCCCCUUGAUGAGUGCAGAAAGCAUCUGACAUUUUUCAGUCUUUCUACACCAAUCGGUGCAAUCUUAUCGUAUACAACGUACUAUCUGAUAAGCUCGGGGCAAGACGACAUACAGAUAGGCUCUGCGCUCCUCUUCAGUGGCGGAACAUUCUUAUAUGUGGCCACGGUCCUACAGCCCGUCUCUGAACAUUCACCCGAGUCCUCUCCUGAUGUCAUCAGCAAGAUGUCACGCACGUUGUUACUUGUUGCUGGAAUGUUCCUUCCGCUUGUCAUCACCAGCGCUUUAGGACGCGAUCACCAUUAAAAUAAUGAACGGCCGCGAUAGAUUUUCCGUUAUCUUCUGAAUACUACUUGUAACGAUUAUUUCAGCUCCCUGCAGAUUCAACGCAAUGAGACACGAAUCAGGAU